AUGGCUGACCCUAAGAAUCCUAUCACUGAACCUAAAGCUAUAAGCCAAGCUUCUUCUUCAUCGUCAGUUACUAUUGUGCCAGCUCGCACGUGCGGUGACAGUCUCUCUGGCUCUGCCACGUGUGAAAAUUCUUGUCCACUUGCUACUAUCACUACUACUACUGUUUCUUUUGCGGCUGCUUCUUCUACUACAAGUGGUAAAGGCAAUGAUACAUUAAUGGCCACUGCCGCCAACACCAUCUCUCGCCGGAAAAAUCAUCCAGUUUACCGGGGAAUCCGUUGCCGGAGCGGAAAAUGGGUCUCUGAGAUCCGAGAGCCUAAGAAGACGACACGUGUCUGGCUCGGUACUUAUCCGACGCCGGAGAUGGCUGCUGCCGCCUACGAUGUGGCGGCUCUAGCGCUUAAAGGCGGGGAAACCGCUUUGAACUUCCCGGAUUCCGUCGGGUCUUACCCUCUACCGGUUUCCUCCUCCGCAGCUCAUAUCCGAAUCGCUGCGGCUACGGCGGCUGCUACGGUUGGGGCUGCGGCUGCGGCUGCCAAUGCGGCUGUGAAGGAAGGUGGAAAGAAGGAAGAGAAAGCAGUUUGCGAUGUGGUGGGAUCGUCAACUAUGGAGUUUGUGGAUGAAGAAGAGCUAUUGAACAUGCCGGGUUUGCUAGCGGAUAUGGCGAAGGGGAUGAUGGUGGCUCCGCCGUGGAUGGGAUCUCCUCCGUCGGAUGAUUCGCCGGAGAAUUCCGACGGAGAGAGCUUGUGGAGCUAUUGA